GAAAAGAUGUGAUUCAUGUCACAAACCUGUGAAUAUGGAAGGAAGGAAGAGCGAGAGAGACCUUCAUUAUUGUUCUUCUAAUUAGGGCACUUACUUACUCAUCACGAUGGGAAUAUCAGACAAAGAUGCGUUUAGGAUCCUUGGUCUUCCGUUAGGUGCAGACAGGGAUGCCAUCAAUGAAAGAUAUAAAAGUAUGAGUAGAACAUUGUCUGCUAGUAGAUCUCCUCAAGAUAAAAAGAAACUGGAGCAGGUCGUUGCAGCCCACAACCAGCUUCUGCCUUCCCCUCCCUCCUCCAAGACACAACAGAAUAAACAAAAUAAUAGGUCAAAUCUGAAGAGUCACCAUUCAUCCUUUAAUGACAAUGACUCUGAUGAUGCAAGCUCAGAGGAAGAAUGGAGAGUCCUGUGCCGUAAUGGAGAUGCACGAAAUCACAUUGCAAAAGCAAACCAUGAUCUAACAGGUGCAGAAAAGGAGAGGAAGAAAGCUGAGAAAAGAAGAGCGAAAAAGAAAAGAAGGAAAGAAAAGAAAAAAAUAGAAAAGUUAGAAAAUCAGAUAUUUAAUCAAAAUUCAAAUAAUAAUAAUGAUAAGAGCAAUGUUAAAGUGAAUGGUGCUGCAGGUGUGGUCACCAGUAAUAUUCUUUUCCCACAAAGCCAAGCCCAGACCCAGCCUCAGCCUAACGCCGCCAAACUCAAGGGACCAGUUAACGGAGAUGAGUGUUACUUUUGGCGCACGACAGGAUGUGCCUUUGGUGAAGCUUGCAAACACAAGCACAUUCCAAACAACAAAGGAAUUGACAGAAAACCUUGGCAGAUGUAAUUUUUAUGUACCCAAUUUUUAGCUAUUCUCCUAGUUCAGAAAAACGAAUUUCAUAUAAAAAAUAAAAAUACAAAUGAAAAAUAUUAUAAAUAAUAUAUUGUACGAAAACAUCUGAAGCAGUUGGAUGCUAAAUUUAUAUAUUUUUGUUUCUUUCUAUUCUUUUAGAAUUUUAGAAAAAAAUUAUUAAUGUAGGCUAUUGGUUGUAGAUUUAAAUCAGAUAUGAAACUGUGGAGGUUAUUUAUGUCUGGGAAUGCCCUAAGAUGCCUUGUCUGUGGUGCUUAUCAUACAUCAAACCUUUCUGUGCUCUCUGUCAAAGAUGCAGGUACUUACAGGCCAUCUUGGCUGUUCACGAAUUUAUGGAAAAAGAAAAAAACCCGAAAAGAAAUAGAAUAAAAAAAAAAGGAAGAAGAGGUUAUCUUUAAGUUGUGUGAAGAGUUGAAAGUAAUAUAGGAAGACUUUUCUACUGGAAUAAUCAAGGCAUGUAACUAGAGACAGUUCUUAUUUGAGCCUUGUUUUUCAUCAUUUUCUAUUCUGAGAUAUAGUUUUAUAAAUUUGUCUGUUUGCAAAGUUUUAUAUUUUAGCUGUGGUUACAACGAGGUUUUGGUGUAGCUGAAUUUUUGAAAAUGCAAGUUUAACAUAUACUGAGUAUGUAGAAAAUUUAUUGUUAGAUUUAAAAAGAAAAAAAAAAAAAGAAAAAAUUCUUUUCAAUUUUUGAAAUUUGCACUUGAUGAAAUGAUACUAUGAAAUAUCAAAUUGCAAUGAUGUACAACUUAAAUCAUGUAAAGCGCCGUCUUAGCAUUCCAAGAAUAUGGCAGUUUAAAAGAGUUCACUUUA